AUGAAGAGUGCCCUUAACAUCCUCCUCCUCACUCUAUCUGUCCUGUACAGAGCUGAGUGUGUCUGUGGGAAGACACUGAAGGACAUGGUGCAGGAAUGGCAGAGGUAUCGGGAAGACUGCGAGCGGAAUAUCAGCUCUGAGCCUACACCCUCAGGUGCAUUCUGCAGACGCAUGUUUGAUAUGUAUGCUUGCUGGACAGAUGGUAUGCCAAACACCACAGUCAAAGUGCCAUGCCCCUGGUAUUUGCCUUGGUAUGAUCAAGUGCGAACUGGGAAUGUGACCCGGGAAUGUGGCCCAGAUGGCCAGUGGCACACUUUCAACACCAGCCACACCUGGAGAGACCACUCGCAGUGCGACUUCGAUGCAAGCAACCUAAGAGAACAGGAGAAUCAGAUUUUGAUCCUAGCCUAUUUCAGGGUCAUGUACACAGUUGGCUACUCUUUGUCCCUGGCCAGCCUGUCACUGGCCAUCAUCAUACUGCUUCUUUUUAGGAAACUCCGCUGCACCCGCAACUAUAUCCACACCAAUCUCUUCACUUCCUUCAUCCUGCGUGCUGUGUCCAUCCUCACACGUGAUGCUCUGCUCUCCAGGGAGACACCUCAGUUCAGAGAUGACAGUAACAUGUCCCAUGUCCUGAGCGAGCAGGCUCUGUCUGGCUGCUGCAUAGCUCAAGUGAUGAUGCAGUACUGUGUGGGAGCCAACUACUUUUGGCUGCUGGUGGAGGGCCUGUACCUGCACAACCUGCUGGUGCUCAUGGUGUUCUCUGAGCAGAGCUUCUUUUGGGGUUACCUCCUCAUUGGCUGGGGUACUCCCAUAUUCUUUGUGGUGCCAUGGAUCAUAAUGCGCUCCUUGUAUGAGAACACAAGGUGCUGGGAGGUCAAUGGCAACAUGGCAUAUUGGUGGAUCAUCCGAACUCCAAUCCUCCUGGCUAUUUUAGUAAACUUUUUCAUAUUCAUGAGGAUUAUUCAGAUCCUCAUCUCCAAGUUAAAAGCACACCAAAUGAGAUACACAGACUAUAAAUUCAGGCUGGCCAAGUCUACCUUGACACUCAUCCCUCUGCUGGGAAUUCAUGAGGUGGUGUUUGCUGUGGGGACGGAGGAACAGACAGAGGGUAUACUACGCAGCAUCAUCCUUUUCUUUCAUCUGUUUUUCAGCUCCUUUCAGGGUUUUCUGGUGGCUAUUUUAUACUGUUUUGUGAACAAAGAGGUGCAGUCAGAGAUCAAGAAAAAGUGGCAGCGGUGGAAGCUGGGAAUUAGCGUUCUGGAUGAUCGCAACACAGGCAGCCACACUGCACAGGGAUUUAAGUGCUCACAGGACCAUCCGUGUCAGCAGGACUGUUCUGAGAGGGACAGCAGCCACAAGGGCUCAGACCCUCCCCCCACCCAGCCCUCUGUCCAGCGGCAUCAGCAUACUGAAGCUAAGAAGGGCAGGGCGUACUGCUAUAUCUCUGGGCGCAAGCAGGUGCUGAAUGGAUUAGACACACCAGCUUUGGGCCACAUUGAAAUAGAAGGAACAAACCAAUACUGUGAGAGCUACUGCUAA